GUUCAUUAGAUCAUUUUUGUGGAAACAGUCCGAGAGCUCUGAAGAAUGCGUCGCACCUCGGGCUGGAUUGGCUGGACGCUGUGUUUGUGCGCAUCUUUGACUGUGAGCGCGCAGGACCACCACGAGGACGACGAGACGAGCCUGGAUCUGAUCCGCGAGGACGGGACUCCACCUGAAGCCGGAGCCGAGCCCGCUGCCGAGCUCCUCAGGUGCAACAAGGCAGCGUGGCGCGUGCCCGGUCAGUACCUGGUCAUCCUGCGUCCGGGAGCGCACGAGUCUCACGUGCAGAGGACCAUCAGGAGACUGAGGGCCAAAGCGGCCAGGGGAGGCCACCUGCUGGAGGUCCUGCAGACGUACUCAGGAGCUCUGCGCGGCUUCCUGGUCAAGAUGAGCAGUGACGUCCUUCACCUGGUGGUGAAGCUUCCUCAUGUCCACUACGUAGAGGAGGACUCGUCCAUCUUCGCUCAGAGCGCCCCCUGGAACCUCCAGAGGUUACUGCAGCCUCAUGGGGGCACCUCUGAAAAUGGAACAUACAGGCCACCCAAUGAUGGAGGCAAGGCGGAGGUGUAUCUGAUGGAUGGCAGUGUUCAGAGUACUCACAGAGAGCUUGAAGGACGAGUGCUCAUCACAGACUUCAAUAACAUCCCUGAUGAGGAUGGAGUCAGAGUUCACAGACAGGCCAGUCAGUGCGACGGUCAUGGCACACACAUGGCGGGGGUGGUGAGCGGGUCGGACUCUGGUGUUGCUCGAGGCGUAGGUGUCAAUCUGGUCCGUGUGCUCAACUGUCAGGGGAAAGGGAGCGUGUCAGGAGCUCUGGCAGGUAUGGAGUAUAUCCAAGCGACGUUACAGGCCCGUCCAGUGGAUGCUGUGGUGGUUCUGCUGCCUUUCGUUGGUGGUUUCAGUCGGUCAUUAAACGCAGCCUGUCGGGACAUGGUGGCUAACGGAGCUGUGGUCAUCGCCGCUGCAGGGAACUACAGAGACGACGCCUGCCUCUACUCACCUGCUUCAGAGCCCGAGGUCAUCACGGUGGGGGCGGUGAACUCGAUGGACCAGCUCAUGUCGCAGGGAGCCGGUGGCACCAACUUCGGUCGCUGUGUUGACCUGUUUGCACCUGGUGAUGACAUCGUUAGUGCCAGUAGUGACUGCAGCACCUGUUUUACCUCCUGCAGUGGAACCUCCCAGGCUGCUGCACAUGCUGCUGGUGUAGCAGCAGUGAUCUUGUCGUCCAAUCAGAACGUGUCACCGGUGCAGGUGCUGCAGAUGAUGCUGCAUUAUUCCGUGAGCAACACAAUCAACUUCCUCUCGCUGUCUGACACACAUCAUCUCAUCACUCCAAACCUGGUGGCGGCCAUGCCUCCUGCCAACAGCACAAAUGGGGAGCUUCUGUGUCGGUCCGUGUGGUCAGAGAGGUCAGGGGUCACAAGCACUGACAGGGCUGUCAGUCGCUGUCGCCUGGGGGAGGAGAUGAUGAGCUGCAGCAGCUACUCUCCUGAGGGUGUCCACGUGAGACAAACCAUCACUGUGAGCAGUGGGCAGGUGGAGUGCGUUGCCCACAACGGUCCGGCGGGUAAAGGUGUGCACGCAGUGGCGCGCUGCUGUGUGAUAGGUGGUCUGCAGUGUCGGGUCCAUGCUAGUCCCGAGCCCGGGAAAGAGGCUGAGUGUGUCGGCCUGCAGCACCACCUGACCGGCUGCACGUCUUGGUCCACCGCUGAGAUCUCGUCUGGCUCCCGUCCACAUCACGGUGAUUGGAAGCGCUGCAUUGUGAAUGAAGGUGUGACAUCACAAGCCGUGUGCUGCCACGCUCCGUCUCUGGAGUGUCACCUGUUAGAAAACAUAUCAGCUGAUAAAGAUCAGGUCGAGGUGUCUUGUCCCUCUGGAUGGACUCUGACAGACUGUAGCACCAUCUCUCAGGGCUCUGCCAUCUUGGGGCCAGUUGCUAAGGGCAACAGCUGCCGUGUCCGCAGCGCCACAGGGGCUGUCGGGGCAGCAGGCAUCGCCGUCUGCUGUCGUGUCAGACCAGCCAAUGCCACGGCUCCUCACUGAUCUGCUCUCACACCACUUGGAUGUUCAGCAACUUGAUAUUUCUCUAAUUAAGAUACCUUUAAUGUUGUCAUCCUAUAUCAGUAGCUGUGUGCGCUUCUGUAAAGCUGUUUGUGAGUGUUUUAGUUGUAGGUAAAAAUAUGCUCCAGUACACAGACUUAUAUACUGUAUGUUGCAUCAUCUCAUACUGUCUUUUUAGCUAUUUUAAA